GGAUGCAUAUGUUAUGUGAUUAUUUACACCUUAGAGGAUGUGGUCAGUGUGCAUUUAUGUUGCACUCGGUACGUUUUUUGUGUACACAUCAAGCAGAUGAGACUUGAAUAAAUAUUGAUAGCUGAUGAACGAUGGUCAUCAGUCGCGAUUUUCAAUCUUUAUAAUCAGUGCAAAUUAGUGACAAAAAAAAAAAAAAUUCAACAUGUCUAAUCCUUGUUGCGAGAGAAGCCACAGUAAAAAAAACCAAGUUUGCUGCACAGGAACUGGAGAAUGUUGUUCAAUUGUUUGGGGAGAUAAGGCCCAGGGUUAUGAUGAGAAUGGUGCAACUUGCGUAAUUAAUUGUAAAAAUGCAGCUGAUUGUUGCACCAAAGGUACAGGAAGUACGAUUAAAUGUAAAGGAAAAAAUGGCACUAAAUGUGAAAUUCAUUGUGGAUGUUGCUCAAUUACUGUUGAAAAGUCCAUAGAUGAUAUUGGCAAUUAUUGUAAAGUUACAUAUUGCGAAGAAGAUAAAUCAGAAAAGAAAAAAAGUGUUCUCACUUGUUGCUUGAGAGAACCUUGUACCGGAGGGAAAUACUGUGUAAUUAAAUGUGGAGGCGAAAUAUGCUGUGUUAUAAAAGGCUGAAAAUACAUUAUCAAUAAAGUGGAACAAUUGAAUUCAAUUAACAAAUCAAUACGAUAAGGAAAUUCUGAAUAUUAUCUCCUCAAAUAAUGCUUUGUAAAAUUCAUUUAUUCUCAAUAUAAAAGGAGUUAUUGGUGUUUUUUGUAUUUUUUGUAACUUUUAUCUGAAAAAAUAAAAACAAUUAAAGACGAUAAA